GUCUGUAGUUGUGUUUUUCUUCAUCGACGCACAUGAAAUUAACCAACGUGCUCUUGCUUUCUUGACAAGAAACACUUUGCUGCAGGUACAUGAUCACAAACAUUUAGUACAGAAACGUUUUCAUGUUCAUGCAGUUUUUAGCAGCACCGAUUGUUUAGCCUGUAUUAAAUCGGGUUUUUUGUUGCAAACACUCCUUGGUUAGGACUUAGAAUCAAGGAAGAGGUAGUCUUCACGAUAGAUCUUUGUAGGUUUUAUUUCCUGUCAGGGAUCCAGAAAACAUGUUUAAUGAGGAUGAGGACUGGAGUGACGAACAAGAGGGGAAGAUCCUGAGUAAAACUGUCUUUAAAAACACCCAAAAGGCGGACAGCAGCACACAUUUAAAGUCUAAUGUUACUGGGAAAAAGAGCUUGCUGCGGACCCUGAAGACACUGGGAUCAGCACCAGAAUGGAAGAGCAGUGACCAUGAACAGGACAGCGACAGUGAGACAGAGGUCCCUUCGUCACCCAGUAAAAAGAAGAAGAGGAGGAAAAGGAGAAAACAUGAAGGGCAAUCAGAGGAACAGCAAGAAGGAGCGUCAAAAGCACACAAGACAUCUGCAGGGGAGAUGGAAAGUGAUAAAGUCCCAGAACCUCCACAAGAGAUUGUAAACAAAGAGCAAGGCGAUGAGAAACUGAGCAGAAAGCAGUGGAAAAACAAAAUGAAGAAUAAAAAAAGAUGCAAGAACAAAUUCCGCCACAAUAAACAUGAGAACGAUGCAAACAAAGUUAAAACCACUGAUAAACAGGAACAGGCAAAAAAAAUCAAAAUAGAUCCACAUAACAGCAACAGUGAAAACAUCAGCCAGACAGCAAACCAGAAACACAAGCAGGAAAAAGAGACUAAAACAGUGAAAAGAAAGACAACAGAACAAGAGGCAGACAGAUUUACCACAGCAACUGGAAAAAAACAGCAAAAGGUGGAAAAAGUAAAAAGUGGAGAAUCUGCUGAAAGUCCAUCUAAAGAUUCUGCUGAGGGAUUGAAACAUAAAGCAGAGGAACUUCAGGUGGGGAUCACACAUGAUCUGCAACAGUUUCCCACAAAAAGACAGAAACCUGAGCUGAGCAAAGAACAGAGUCUGAAAAGAGAGAGGCUGCAGAAAAUACUCCGCAGCCAGGAAAAGGACGAUGACAAGAGUCCAGUAGAGAAAACAGACACACCGGCGGUCCAAGAGGAGGUGAAGCAAAGCAGCUCAGACUCUCUCAGGUCCCGCAUGGAACAGCGUCUGGAGGCGGCUCGUUUCCGCUACAUUAACGAACUUCUGUACAGCACGUCAAGCGGCGAGGCUAGGCGGAUGUUUCAGCAGGAUCCGCAGGCCUUCUGGGUUUACCACAAAGGUUACACAACUCAGGUCCAGAGGUGGCCCGCCAACCCGGUGGACGCCAUCAUCUCCUACAUUCAGAAAAAACCACCUACUCUGGUAGUGGCAGACUUUGGUUGUGGUGACUGUAAAAUUGCGAGCAGCGUGAAGAAUAAGGUGCACAGCUUUGACCUAGCUGCUACCUGUGAACUCGUCACCGUCUGUGACAUGGCCAAAGUGCCUCUUGGUGACGGCUCUGUGGACAUCGCUGUUUUUUGUCUUUCCCUCAUGGGGACCAACCUGGCAGAAUUCUUAGCAGAGGCCAACCGUGUCUUAAAAAUGAGGGGCGUCCUGAAAAUUGCAGAAGUGGCGAGCCGAUUUGAAAAUGUGCAGAACUUCAUUUCUGCUUUGGCAGGUCUGGGAUUUAAGAUGACGUCGAAGGAUACAGAAAACAGUCAUUUCUUCUCCUUUGAGUUUGUGAAGACAGGAAAUGUUCCAAAAAUCGUGAAGAAAUUUGGACUGCAGUUGAAGCCUUGUGUGUACAAGAAAAGAUGAUGUUCGUGGAAGAGUUGAUUAGCACGCAUGUGUGUAAAAUCAUUAUGUAAAUCAGUGGGUCAAUUAACUAUUCCUCUUGAAUUUCUUUGUCCAGAAAGAUGAUUGCAGUUUUGAUACAAAAACAAGAAGUGACCCAAAACCAAAACUAACAUUUGCAUGAAUUGUCCUUUAUAUUCAUCUUUUUAAUAAUGUAUUAUUGGAGUUUGCUGUAAUUGGUUUAAUUCAGAUCCACAGACACAGAAUAUCUGCCAAUUUGUUCAUUUAGUUUGAUGGUCUAAUUUGCAGUCUUGUAUUCAGGUUUCUUAUUUGGACUUCUUUAAAUUAGGGAUUCAGCCUUAUUUAAAGCUAGUUCAUUCUGUUAUAAGAUAUCUGCUAAAAUAAUCACUCAGAUGGGUUCAGUUUGAAGUUUUAUAAGACAAGUAAUGUAAAAUCCGUGUUGUUAUAAAAAAAAGUAGUGUCAAGUUGAUAAAAAACUAGCUUUUGAAAUAA